AUGUUUUCAAUCCGACAACUGCUCCAGCAACUCAGCAUCGAUCUGGCCAGUACUCGGCUCCAACAUGCGAAUACCUUUGUCCAACAAGAUCAGGAUUUAGUGAAGUGGGUGUUUGCUGUACUGCUGAAACUCUGCAAGGUUGAUGAAUAUGCUAGCACAAGGUUAGUUGGAGAUAUUGAGGGGCGUCCAGAGAAUCUUGAUGAUAAAACCUCGCCGCGAGUUAGGUCUGGUUCUUCUCCCGACAAUAGUUCCACUGAAGGUCUGACAAGUCCGUCCGCACCAUACUUCAGCGAAGACCAAAAUACUGAUCCUCUACCGAGGCUACAAUCACAGGCGGACGUUGAAAAUUGCAAAAAUCAAUUGAUUGAACGCAUCUCUCAGUCGGAUUCAGUGAUCACAAAGUAA